CCCACGAUCUGUGACGUGGGGUUUGUCUGCAGCUGGCUCCCAGACCUUUGGACACUCUUCGUACUUCUUCCUUCUUUCUCCCGCUCGUUUCUACGUACCUUUUGUUCUCGGCCUUUUAAACGGUUCCGCGUCUCGUUGUUUGCCCCCUCCCUGUGCGACUUUGCGGAGCUCGCGGAACCGCAACGGAACCAUGUUGAAGGUUUUUGGGAAAAGGUCUCAUGGCCAGACAAGAAGCUUGAAUGCUUUGGAUGAGAUUGCGCAGAUCGAGGAUGCCAUGUCUGCGGUAACCCAUAUCAUGAACGACAACGUCGAUGAAGCCGAGGCGCAUCUCAGCAAAGGCAGCUCGCCGUUCCACCAGUUAGGGAAGGGCGUAGUAAUCUUCAUCCGGGCCACCCUUGGAUUCGAACAGGAUGUCAUGCGCGAAGCUUCUGCCACCCUCGCCGAUGCGGAAAAUACUGCCUACGAAAGCCAACGUCGUGCUCACCGGGCUGCUGGCGUUUACAAUUCGCCAAUAUACCCUCCAGGAACAGAGUAUGCCGUGUGUUUGGCCGAGGCUCAGUUGAUGAGUGCAAUUGUGGGCGUUUUGAAUGAGUCCUUGACCGAGGCUAUCAAGAGCUUCUAUAAGCUAAGAAAAGCCUAUCUGACGCUUGAAGGGAUCAUGGACGCAGAGAAGAAAUUCCUGCAGACGAGGAGUACGAGUAGUCUGGGCUCCACCAAUUCGGAAGAAGUGUCGAGGCCCCUGUCAAGGUCUUCAGGCAGGAGCGCAGGUUCCGCAGUACCGAAACCUUCUUCGUCGGAAAAGGAAGCUACUGCAGCCUUGAAGGCAGUGACUGGAGAGUCUCCAAAGGCCAAAGAUAAAGAAGUCGCCGUAGAGAAGGACGAGAAGCCCCAAGUAGAUGACGAUGAUGACGAUGACUUCGAUUUCGUCGACGCUGAUGAAGACCGUCAAGUGGAAACUCCAAUGGAAUACAUGGGCCAUCUCAACGUACCGGCGGAUAACGGAGGGUCUGUCAGCGUUGACAACACGAAAAAGGACGUUCACAUCAAGUCAAGCUCCGCACCAGAUUUGCCUUCUAGGGAUGCACCACCCACUACGUCAGUACCUGACGUGGUCGAAGAUUUCGAUGCACUAACCCUAACCAACACUGUAAAGGAUAACCAGGAUAUUUCGGUAUACGGUGACCAUCCUAUAGAUACCUUCAUAAUCUCGGGCUCAAACUUCUGUUUCGGAAUCUUGUUGCUCAUCAUGUCACUGGUUCCACCUGCUUUCGCGACGCUGUUGAAGAUUGUCGGUUUCAAGGGUGAUCGCGAACGCGGGAUUCAGAUGCUCUGGCAAGCCACCAAAUUUCACAACAUUCAUGGCGCAAUGGCUGGUCUGGUCAUCUUCGGCUAUUAUAACGGUAUAACUGGAUUCUGCGACAUCAUCCCUCGUUCUGGAGAAGGCUCAUAUCCUAAGGAGCGAUGCCGCUUGCUCCUCGCAGAAAUGCGACAGAGGUACCCAAAAAGUCAUCUGUGGCUCCUAGAAGAAGCACGUGCCUUUGCCACAGAAAAAGAAUUGGAAAAAGCCGUCGACUUCAUGGCGAAAGCCGGCGAGUCGCCGCUCAAGCAACUAGAAGCGCUCGGCUGGUUUGAGAGAUCUCUAAACACCAUGUACAUGCACGAUUAUGCCGAAACUUCCAAAUCCUUCAUCAAGUGCAUCACGUUGAACAACUGGAGCCACGGUCUCUACUACUAUAUUGCUGCCGCAUCACAGGUCGAGUUGUAUCGUAAGUUCAAAGACACCGAUCCGGGUGCUGCAGGAGUCUACAAAGCCCAAGCUGUGAAGUACUUUGAGCAAGUGGCGCCCAACACGGGCAAGAAACGCUUCAUGGCACGGCAGCUCCCCUUUGAUGUCUUUGUAAACCGCAAAAUCGCCAAAUGGCAGGAACGCGCAAAGGAGUGGUCCUGCGAUUUGAUCGAUGCUGUGGGCGUUAGCCCAUUUGAGGAGAUGAUCUAUUUCUGGAACGGGUUCAAGCGGAUGAGAGACGAUCAUCUAGAUGAAUCGCUUGCGAACCUCGCGUGGAGCGAGAGCGCAUCGAACCCGCACUGGGGUAAAGAAGGCCUAGACGAGAAGGCGAUCCUGGCGGUUCUACGGGCGGCAACCUUGAGAAGUAAAGGCGAUUCCCAGCAGGCCAAGGAUAUCCUCCAAAAAGAGAUCAUCUCUGUAGACAGGCAACUCUUCAAGGGGCACAAUAUGGACUCGUGGACUGCGCCCAUUGCACGAUACGAGAUGGCUGCUUGCGUCUGGAGAGAAGCCGAUAUCAACGGAAAGCCAGAGCAGCAUCCAGACAUGUUGGAAGAGUGUAAGACGUGGCUGGUUGAAGUCAGCGGGUGGGAAAGUUACGAUUUGGAUGCUCGAAUCGGAAUGAAAGUCACUACGGGGAAGAGCACACUGAGGAGGUAUGGCGUGGAAUGCUGA